UGAACGGGUGCAGUGUUCGAAAUGAGUUUCGAGAGAUCAUCGCCAUCGGCGCUUAAACUGCCGGGCAUUUAUCUCGGUUGUCGUAGGAUACGAUAUUUGUAUUUGACAAAGAGUGGAAAUGUUCGUGUUCCUCAUAUCGAUGACUUAAUGUCAGAAACACACACGCAGGGGGAGCUUAUUCCACUGUUUCUGGCAUCAGAUGUUUUAGCAGGAAUUGCCCAGCUACCUAAAAACUAUCCACGGAUUCACAGUCGGUAUUCUAAAGAGGGCAUGGCAACAAAACUGAAACUCUUGGGUCAUCGUAUAGUGGACAUAGCCAAUAGCCAGGAGGUGUGGUUUUACAGUAUCCAGGGGCUGUUGAAGGCGGUGUUUGAGUAUCACCCCAGGUCUAUUGUCAGGGAUUGCUUGAUGUCUCUCAGGGAAUUAUGGAUUCAGCGGUUUGAAGAUGCUCUUCUUCCGGCUGAUGCUGAUGUAAAUGUAGAAACAGACACAAGCUGUUGCAGGUUAAGGGAACAAGUAUCUUCACAAGGAAUUUCAACGGAUUGUGGAGUGCUUCAAAGACUAGAGCCUCUGUCAAAUAAAACUGUAAACAAGAGUUUAUCAACUGAUAUGGCUGCUGUGACUAGCGAACCUUGGGUACAGGCACCUUUGAAGAGUGCAAAUAAACUAGAAGAUAUCAAGCACCAGCUUGAAAAUAUUUUACAGAAUGUUGCUGAUUUUUUGGAUUACAGUGUUGAAUCCACAGAGGAGCGUAGCAAACUGACAGUACUACAAACAACGUUGAAGUUUUGCGUAGUUUGUUUCUUCACCGAAAACUAUGUUUCUGACGCUAUAUUUCCAGUGUGCCUUUUACAGUCUUAUACAAAUUUCACAAGCCAGGAGUCUGAAUGGAAAUGGGAAAACUUUGAAAAUCACUUUGGUAUAGAUCCUCGAAAAAACUUUGUUCUUUGUGUACUCAGCGAAUGGCUCGGGAAAGAAUUUUCUGCAUUGGAGGAGAAAAUCAGUGAACGCGUUGCCAGUUUUAAGCAGUCUCAUAUUAGACAGAUUGACAGUUUGCCUACACCUCAGUCCAUAGUAGACCAGCUUUUCCCAGCAUGCAUGGGCUGUUUGCUGGAGAACUGGAUGGGGGUUCAUAGAACAAGGUACAUCCCUGAACACCAUAACUUCCCUGAAAAAUCCCACCAAUCAGGGUUGAGCGACCAUAACUAUAUUCAUCAGAUUUCUCAGGCUGACUCUGAUCCCAUUCCUGCAGUAGAACAGGGGCUUGCAGUGUAUGAUAUAAAGCACUACCCCUUUGUUCAGCUCAUCUUGGAAUUCACCAACAACUGUUUAAUCUCGGGCGUCGCUCAUGUUCUCUAUUCCAGGCUAAGAGAAGGAUUGAUUUAGCAAGAAAGGAGAACUACCUUUGGUGGGGAAGAAUAUAUCAAUAAAGUUUUAUAUGUGGCCUAAUGCACGAUUAUACAGUGUUGCCCUAUACGGUUAAGUAGGUCAUCCUUAGAACUUAAAGUCAGCAUGCCGGGAAGAGCUAGAAUUGGCUAUG